GCAAUUGCAAAGGCUAUGGACGACGGAGCUGCUGCGGCGAAGGAUGUGGGCAAGGAUUCGGGCGAGACUCUGGAAGCCAGCCCUGCAUCCGUGACUACCGCUGGCAACGGUGGCAACCAUCUGGUCUACGGCCUGGUUGGUGGUAUUGCUGGAGCAAUUGCUCUGGGAGGGGGUGCCUAUUACUUCAUGUCCGGCGGAAAGACCAAGUCGAAGAAGAAGUCGAAGCGCGCCGUGGGUGUGGAGCAGGCGCCCAUGAUUCAGGAGUCCCCCGCACCAGCUGCUCCAGUUGAGCCUGUGGCAACAAUCGGUACCUUGGGUUCUGGGCAGUACCAGAACAUGCCGAUGUAUCCCAUGGGCCAGCAGGCCCAGAUGACCCCAGUGCCACAGUUCUACCAGCAGGUGCCCGCCUACCAGCCCAUGAACUACGUCUACCAGUACCCCGGUGUACAGGUUGCUACCCCGAUGUCUUGA